AGUGCAUAGCCCAGCUGAUGUUCCGGUCGGAAUCCAACCUACAGCUUACGUUACCGGUAGUAGUAUGCUGUCUGUCGCAUUGUCGCUAAAUAUUAUACGUACCUCAUAUAAAAUCAAAAAAUGGUCUCCAAAACUUCGAAAUUGUUUUUAUCAACACGAAAAAAAAUUGAAGUUUUUUAAGAUCUACACACUUCACAAUUGCGAAAUCGAGUGCAGAGCCAAUAACACAUUUAACGUAUGCGGUUGCAAUGCUUAUUUCCAACCAAGAGAUCCAGGAGUUCCGGUUUGUGGUACUGAAAGUUUAGAAUGUAUUAGAGAAUCCUCGACUAUUGGUUAUUCGAUUUUCAAAAAAACAGUAAACAUGUCAAGUAACGUUGAAGGAUGUGAUUGUUUGCCAUCAUGUACAAGUAUUCAGUACGAGUAUGAAACUGUGGAAUUUUUUAGAAACUGGACAACAAAUUCUACAAAACCAAAACUAGUUCUUACUGAAAAAUCAGCUGUAGUAUUGGUUUACUUCAAAAGAAAAUCCGUAAUCGAUAUACAAAAAACUCCUUUGAUGCCGUUUAACGAACUAUUAGGUAAUAUAGGUGGAUUGUUUGGAUUAUUUCUUGGUUGCAGCAUAAUCAGUUUCUUUGAAAUCUUAUAUUUUUUUGUGAUACGAUUAUAUUUUGAUCAUCGGAAUCGUAAAAAGGCCAAAUCAAAAAUAAUGCCAAGUUUUAUCAUUGAAUCAUAAAAAAGAUACUGGGAUAUCAGUAUUAAAUAUACAAUAGUAGAUUUACACUAUACACUAUACACUAUAUUAUUAUAAAAUAGUAUGAUUAUUUUAGAAGUAGUCAACUAAUUUUUUUUGCAAACACUUAAAAUUAUAGACAAUCUUUAUUCACCUCAUUUGAAAUUAAAUUUUUACUGUUUUUCAUCUAAAUUAUUUUUCAGUUUUUAAUUUUUCAAUGGAAAUAUACAUUUUUAAUUUCAUAUUCCGAUUAAGAAUAUCGAACUAGUUGUUAGUUUGCUUAAGUAUUUAAAGUUUAGAUGGACGGGCUGUAGCGACGAAAAUAUUAAAAUUGUAUUUAUAUGCCUA